ACCAUACUCUCUGAUUUUCUGCAGCAAAGGACUUCGAAGCUUUUGAGGUGAAUUUUUCAGAAGAUAUCAGAUUCGAAUUUUUCAGGUAAUAACAAAUGGAAUUUUUUAGAGAACUUGGAGAACUCCGAGGUAACCAGGGUAAGGAAGAGGAAGAGAGUGUUAUGUCUGUAAAGCCUAUCGCCAUGAUAGUAUCGUCGGAACUGCAAGAUCUGUCGGAAACCUCUACGCUAGAGAGCAGUGCCAGUUCGAGUGCACAUGAGGGCUUUGGUGGUCAUCAUUCGUUGCCAUCUAAGGGGUCAUCGUUAGAAAGGACUGCAAGUGCUAGAGAAGGUGUGGGAGAGGGCCAUAAGCAGUCCUUUGUUGGAAAAUGUGGGCGUGGAUGUGAAUGUGCCCCUGUUGCAGGUUGGGAGAACAAGACCAUAAGUGGUAGACUAAGCAACCUUCGCAAGGCACCGCAGACAUUGGGUGCUGGAUUUAGGUUCAGAGCGAACCUUCAUCAUGAGGUAGCAGAUAGCGCCACCUCCAUAAAAGGAUAUAAGAGACUGGAGGACAUAGUGAGGCAGUAUCACGUCCCCAGAACAAUUUUGAUUCGAAUUGGCACCAGGAACAAAAGGGCCUGCACAGUGUCGCAAACAAGGUGGAUACCAGUGUAUGUGGAUCACUUCAAUGCCAGCCUGCGAUUCCCUCUACCAGGGCUAAUUUUUGACAUUCUGGCAGAGCUAGAGAUACUGGCCAGAGCAGUUGUGUUCAGAUCGCUUUUCUUGUGCCGGUUAAGUCCCACUCGAACGAGGUGGCACUACAUUUCUGGGAGAGAAAAGAUGAUGAUUUUCAACUAUGUGAGGAAUAAGGUCUCCAGAUGGAAGAGACAAUUCGUUUUUGUCAAGGAUACACGAACAGAGAGGAUCAGAGCAGAGGGGUUAGUUGAUUUGGAGGCCCUAGUUACCCCUGAGGUGCUCACUAUGCAUGGGUUUAUGGAUGUCGCAAUCCUAUUCAGUGAAGGAGAGAUGAGUAGCAUGCUUGAGAGACAGCGUGAACGAGCUCAGCGCUCACAAACUCGAGUGCUGGGUCUAGCACGCAUAGGCAGACGAGCUUUGACAAGCGACUGCUUGUGUGCUCGCGAAGACUCUAACGUUGAGGAUGACAUGCCACUGAUUCGGUGUAGAUUGAAUUUUGGGACUCAAUCUGGUGCGGCGUUAAGCUAUUCGGUGGCUUUGUUUGAGAAUGAGCAGGCAGCUCGCGGGCAAAAUUGUGAGCUGAAUGACACUUGCAAGCGUUUGACAUCUGACAAGGCGAGCUUGGAGGAUGAGGUUAACCAUUUGCAAAGCUUGGAGAUGGCUGACAAGGCUGCAUCAGCUGAGAGCUGGGCUGAUGAGUUGGCCAACAAAGUCAACCAGCUAAAGGAGGAGUUGAAGAAGGAUGUCGUAGCUGUGGCCUCCAUGAACACCACGACGGAGAUCUUUAAUGACGUCUGUCAAAAAGUACUAAAGUACCAAUCAGACUUUCCAAUAGGCAAGUUGGCGUUUGUUGAAGGUGAAGAGUUUGAUGAAGAGGGUAAGAGCCUUGCUUCCCCUACUGACACCAUUGUGCGGCUAAGGUGGGAGCUAAACGAAGAUGGACUGCCUAUAUGGCCUCCAUCUAUCUUGGAAGAGGGGGAGGAUUUUGAGAACUUGCCCAGGUUCGACUCCUGGGUGGGUGACGCACCUGAAGAGGAAGCUGAACCCUCAAGAACCCCACCUACACCUCAACCCAUCACCACUGCUACUGUUCCUUCUCCAGCUCGUGCUGACGCAUCCGUUCCCAUUGAUUCCCAUUGAUUUAAUAGAUGAUUAGAAUUUAGGCUUUAUCUUUUUCUUUUGAAUUUUUGGUGUUAAUAUUUCCAUGUCUAGGACAGAUUUUUGUACUUGCUCUGAUAUUAUAUGUAACACUUUUGCAAGAAAUACAACUAGACAUUUUUUUGGAAUGUUUUGUGUAUUAUGCACAUUGUAUUUAUACAUUUUUCAUUCUCUCAGCAUGCUGAGCAACAAUACAAAUUAAUUGUAAUA